CGCCAUGGCGGAGGCGACUGCGACUGCGACAGCGACGGCCGGUGGGAGGGCAGCCAGCGCCACCGUGACCGAGACCAUCACCAUUGAGCCGGAGAACCGCAGCCUGACCAUCAAGCUGAGGAAGCGAAAGCCGGAUAAGAAGGUGGAAUGGUCGAGCGACACGGUGGACAACGAGCACUUGGGCCGUAGGUCGUCCAAAUGCUGCUGCAUCUACGAGAAGCCGCGGGCCUUCGGCGAGAGCUCCACGGAGAGCGAGGACGAGGAGGACGAGGGCUGCGGCAACGCCCACUGCAUCCGGGGCCACAGGAAGGGGGAGCACGGGGGCCGGGGGGGCGGCGGCUCCGGGGGGGGCAGGGGCAGCCCCCGCAAGGCCGAGCCGCCGGGCCAGGACCACGCUGCAGCCAUGCAGCACUGAGCCCCCCCACCCCGCCGGACUGACCCGGGGACGCGGGCGUGUCCGUCUGUCCGUGAGCCUCGUGGCCUGCGAGCUGCUGUCGUCUGUCGGUCCCGCCCGGUGCCCCGGCAUGGAAUGUACCAAGCGACGGGCCGGCUGCGUCUCUGUGCUUCUCCAUUAAACGUCUGUGUCAGUGACCACGAGCGGCCGCGGCCUGCUGCUUUCUGUGGGGGGGCUGGGCGCAGCUCUGCCGGUGUCCCCUGCUCCUGACGCACUGCCCCCUGCUAGCCCAGCCCUGGGCUUCUCCCCCCAGCUCUGCCAGUGUCCCUCACUCCCGAACCGCAGCCCCUUGCCAGCACAGCGC